ACUACAGAACCUGGAGCUUCUCAGGUUCUCGAACAAAGCCCCCCCGUCCAGCAGCGAAACCCUGAAGUGGAGCAGAGAGCUAAAGCAAUGAGAGGCCGGAUGUUUGUUCUGAAUGAACUGAUCCAAACAGAGAAGGACUACGUCAGAGACCUGGGCAUCGUGGUGGAGGGCUUCAUGAAGCGUAUGGAGGAGAAGGGAGUUCCAGACGACAUGAAAGGAAAAGACAAAAUGGUGUUUGGGAACAUCCACCAGAUCUACGACUGGCACAGAGAGUGAGUAUGGAAGGGAAUUUUACAAACCUAAACCAGGACG